CACCCGUCUGAGGCUCCAAGGAGCUGGUAAAACACAACCUGGAGCCAACAGAGAAGGAGAACUUGCGGCUGGCGCUGGAUGCCAUGCAGGUGGGGCUGGCUCAGUGUCUCCCGAGCCCUGAAAGCUUUUGGGAUGAUCGUGAAGGAUUCUAAGUGAGGCUGAAAUUUUCCACAGAGUGGAAAUUCUGAAAAAAACCGCAAUUGAUUUGGAAACAUCUCAAUGACUCGAGGGCUUGUGGAGACAUGGAAAUGGACCAAGGGCUGCCCAAAAUGAAAUGUGCCAGGGGUUUUAUGGGCUGCCCCUGCCAGCCACGGCAUUUGGCCAGUCGCUGCAACUCAGCAUGGGGGACAUCGUGGAGCUGUGGAGACACGUUGCAUGUCAUUUCCUGCGUGUACACUCCCUCUGAUUCCCACCACCCCAUAACUACAUCACUAGACCCAUUGCCGGAGGGUGAACCACAUACAGCGUAGAAAUCAAACACAUCAAGACCCUAAGGUCAGAGACCUUGUAAUGCAUCACAGAGAAGAAGGCAUUCAAAGGACUCAAAGUAACGAUUGCGCCAAUCUCUCACCCACUGACUCAACUUCAGCUUCACUGCAAGAUCUCCCGCCACUCCCCCUAGCGUAAGAUCGGGCACUUGGAUCACAGCAAGACAGUGUGGUAUAGUUGCUAGAGCAGGACAGGCUAGCCGCCAGGACUUGGGCUCUGUUCUCAGCUCCAAAGGGGGGUGAGCUUGGAGGAGAUUGCUGGUAGUCAGGACUCCUGGGUUCCAUUUCUGGCUGGAGGGGCUGUGGAGAUGGGGGAGAGGGGUUUAGUAGUUACUGUCUCUGGGAUUCAAAUGAAGACACAGGGAUGAGAUGUAGCCCCCUUCUCCAUACUGGGCAACACCCGCUCAGGCUGUCAUGUUCCAAGCUGGGGCGGGUUUCUCAUCCAUCUUCGCUCCAGGACAGAAGAGCUCCACACCCUCAGGACUUCUCACUGCUUCCUGUCUAGGUGGCGUUUUAUCAGCAGAACUCCCUGAAAGACUGCUUCAAAACCCUUGACACCAUACUGCAGCUCCCCUUCAAGGAGCCUGAGCAGAGGACCAUCCCCAGACCUCCUGGUAGGGUGCUCAGGGGGUCUGUUUUGAUGGGGGCAGGGAGACCUUGAGAGCCCCCUGGCAUUGCAGGAUCUCAGCCCCUGGGCGCUUGGAAUGACUGAGCAUGUGCAGCAUGGAAAUUUCCCCCAAAAUAUUUUUCUUGAGGGACAGUGGCUUUUCAACCCCAAGUUUGGCCCCUGUUCUAGUUUUUGUCAAAUGUUCAUAGUUCAGUGGGGUUUUCAACAAAAAUGAGAAAAUUUGGACAAAUCCAGGAAAACUCUUAUGAGGCCACUUCUCCUUUCUCAGCUGGAAUUGUUCAUCCGGGCCAGAUGUGCCCAUAAAGGGCUGGGGCAGCACUGGGUGGUCAGGGCUGUAGCCAGGCUGUAGGAGCCUUUUAAAACCCAGCACCCCAGUGUGACCUCGGCUCUGUGCUGGAUCUGACAAAGGCUCCUCUGGAAAGAAGGUUUGGGGGGAGCGGGGUCGGAUUUUCUGGGCUGCAUCUUUGGUGCUGAUGGGAGAUGUCGCCGUAUGGGGGAGCAUGCGGCUGUGGCCUCCAGCUGCGGUUCCCUCCACCCUGGUCCCAGCUGGUAUGUGAAUUCUACCCUGGUAGGCUUGGGCAGUUAACUCUUUGUGGCCCAAGCCCAUGGAAUGCCAGGUGGGGAGAGCCAAUCCUUCACCUUGCAGUCACUGCUUUCCACCAUGUGGGGGAUGACGAGCACUUCUCGGGGCCACUCACUUUCCGGAAUCCCACCAGAGGGUGGAUGUUCAUUGGAGGGUGUCCAGUCCCAGCCCAGCUGUGUUUAGUGUGGGCCUUUCCUCGUGCAGCAGGAGGGCUGAAGUACUUUGGGUCAGCGAAGGCAUGCUACAGUUUUUGCCCACAGGACUGGACAGAGCUGACACUCAAGGAAGGCAACAUCAUAAAGAUCCCGAGCAAGAAGGGGCGGUAGGGCUGGUAUAAAGGGGAGAUCUGUGGCUGGGAGCUGAGGAAGACAUGUUGUGGAUUUCAUUUGUGGAAGCGCAUAUGGCUCCAGAGCCCAAAGGUCGAAGCACACAUGCGGUUACAGAUUGGGCAUGGGAUGCUGGUUGUCAGGACAGGCGAGAACGCAGUGCUAUGUCGUCUUUCACGUGCAGCUGUGAGGCGUUGGCGGCGGUCGUCCUCAAACUUAGUCUCCCAGGCUGCUAUUUGGGGACACUGAUAGGAUAAUAAAUAUGUAUUAGAUGUUUAGAGAUCACCCUGGGCAGAAGGAACAGGUCUGUUGCAAGAGGAACAGCACUGAGCUGAAACACCAUAAUAAAGAAGCAGCAGAAAAAACUGUGUCACUCAGCAAACUUCCUCUGCUAAAUGAGAACAGGAUAAAGUCAGUGCAGUUUCCUUGCCUGGCAGGAGAAGGCAGCAGCCACGAUGAGGAUGCGGUUUAUCACCCCCCUUGUAGGAUUUUGCUGGUUCAUCUGCUUCAAGGAGACUCAUUUCUCCAGUGCUGACAAAGCGUGUGAAAAGUCGACCAUCUGUCCUAGUUAUGCAAUCUGUGAAGUCAUCUCUGGGGGCUAUCGCUGUGCCUGCAAACGUGGGUCUGUGUCUAGCACUGGGGAGCGGUAUUUCACUGAUAAAAGUGUGACGUGCCAGGAUAUCGAUGAAUGUGCCCAGGACCCUACACGCUGCGGCCCGAAUGCCUCCUGCAGUAACACUGACAAAAGUUUUGUCUGUGAGUGUGUGUCUGGCUACAGGUCUUCCAGAAGAGUCUCAGGGAAGCGUGGCAUCGCCCCUCUGGACUGCUCAGAUAUUGACGAAUGUUCCCAGGACCCAUCGCCCUGUGGCCCCAACUCCAUCUGCAUCAACAUGCCAGGCAGUUACACCUGCACAUGCCAACCAGGCUACCUCCCACCCAGCCAGCUUGACUCUCCCUUUAGCUGCACAGAUAUUGACGAAUGUUCCCGAGACCCAUCGCCCUGUGGCCCCAACUCCAUCUGCACCAACACACCGGGCAGUUACACCUGCACGUGCCGAGAAGGCUACUUCCCUCCUAGCCUGUCUGGUGCCCCCUUCAGCUGCAAAGAUAUUGACGAAUGUUCCCAGGACCCAUCGCCCUGUGGCCCCAACUCCAUCUGCAUCAACAUGCCAGGCAGUUACACCUGCACAUGCCAACCAGGCUACCUCCCACCCAGCCAGCUUGACUCUCCCUUUAGCUGCACAGAUAUUGACGAAUGUUCCCGAGACCCAUCGCCCUGUGGCCCCAACUCCAUCUGCACCAACACACCGGGCAGUUACACCUGCACGUGCCGAGAAGGCUACUUCCCUCCUAGCCUGUCUGGUGCCCCCUUCAGCUGCAAAGUUACUAGAUGGAAGAGUCUGCAGGCCCCAGACAGCAGUGGGAGCCUGCAGGAAGAGUGA